AAGACAUCUGUGAGAACACACCAUGUUGUCUGUCGUCGGUAGACCUCUGAACAGUUUAAGAGUCUCCGGUGCCUUGAGUAAAGCUACAGUCGCAAUGGCAGCCACUCUGGCUAAAAUCCCCGAUGUGGAGAUUGAUCCAGAGGGAACCUUUAAGUACAUACUGGUCAGAGUGAAAGUGAAAGAUGGCGAUGUGCAUAAAGACAUAGUCCGAGGCACAAAAAGUGCAGAGUAUCACAAUCAUAUAUUUGAGAAGGUCAGUCCAGCUAUGGAGGCCUUGGGGAUGGAGUGUAACUGCCUUGGAGGAGGGAAGAUAGAGCACAACAGCCAAGAGAAAAAACUAAGGGUGUUUGGAGAAUCAACUGCGUUUGGUAAAGCAGACCAUUCUGUGUCUGUAGAGAAGUUGAAGAGUGCCUUCAGCAGCUAUGAGAUCACCUGGUCUGACGACAAAAAAUAAGAGUGUAAACCUGCAUCUAAUUUUAAAUGUCUGCCUUUAUUUAUCAGUUCCAUUAUGACAACCACAUAAUAAUGCGUUGAGCCUUCUGUACAACCAACAUUUGAUUCAAAUACACCAUUCUGCAUUUAACCAUUUGCUUCCUAUUCUGUGAAAGCACAAAAACUCCUAAAAAAUAUUCAUACAAAGCUCUGCAAGUGUUUUUUCAAUACAGGUUUUAUCAUUUUUGGUCACCUGAAAUGUGAACGAUGUGAUAUGAAAACAUCAUUCCAUGUAAAAAUAGAAUGAUUAAGUUUUA